CUUUUACCGCCAUCACCGACGCAAUAUGUCGACCCGCAAACGGACGAGGGAUGAGUUCGACGACGAUGAGGAACCUUCUUUCGGGCGACAGAUCCUUCCUGUGGCCAAUCUUCCUGCAGACUUCAACGGGACGCCUGCAGAUGGCAUGGAAUAUCUUUUCACUGUUCGGAGAGAUGCUAAGAAACUGCCUAUGGUUACUCGUGUCCCAAAUCCAUAUGAAAUCCCAGAAACAAUGGUGCCGCCUGCACCUAGACGCGAAUCCUCUUCGAGACAUCCACUACUUCCCUCGGCAGAAUGGCGUGCUCAAUUCGAGACUCGGUUCAAAAACUUCCGUAAGAAUGUUUCUCAGCCCACCGCAAACGUCUUGCUUCCACAAGUCCCUGGUAACCUUUUGAUGCCCGGCAAGAAGGAGCGGGAUUUUUGGUGGGCAUUCCUCUCGGGGAAGCCAGAGUCUGAAUGGAAUCCACCCAAGAAGCCUAAACAAAAAAAGAAACACAAAGGCAUGCGCGCAUUCGCUGACGAUUCCGAUACCGAGGUUACCUAUGAAGUGGUUCAGGAAACCUGGCAGAUCAACGGGGAUGGGGAUGUGGAGCUAGCAUCCCAGGUAGGUUCGGCAGGUGUACAGGACCCAUCGCCAUCAAAUAUUGGUCUAGCCGGUGAGGCGAAGGUGUCUUUGGACGAGGUCUCGUCUCUUGGCGAGAGUCAUCCUCCUUACGAACCGAGACCACUGACGCCGUUAUUGCUGCAACACAUUGACCAGCGCAUGUCUUUGCAUCUCCUAAUGUACUUUACCCAUUGGAUGAAUCUCCACCUUGAUGACAAAAGGAGUCCGCCAUUUCCGCGUCUUGUUGAAGUUCAUGCACAGUGGAUAUUCUUUCUCCUAACCCGCGUUAACGAUUACAUAUCUGCUGAUGAUAUGAGUUCGCUGCGAAGUCUUGCUCGUGCCUGCCUUGCAUUGCUCAAGGUCUUACUCUGUGAAGAAAAAGAAGCCGAGCCGGAGGGCGGUGGUAAUACCGGUAUCGGAAAGAACUCAUGUUGGGUAAUAAUAUCUACUGUCGCUGGGAUCUGGGGCCAGCAGGAUCUGUGGAUGGAUGCUGAGGAAAUGUUGAAUUCUAUAGGUUCGGAAUAAUGAUGUGGUAUGUUAGCUCUCUUGCGAUUAACCGCUUGUGCACUUGAUUUUUCCUCGCACUGAUACAUUGACCUUUACCGGAUGUAUUUUUUUGUUGAACAUAACGUACGUUCUACGAUGGUGAUCAAGUUUUGUAUGUGCUGAAUGCUCAAUUCCCGUUGUGAAGAUCAAACCGGUAUCACUAGCGAUGAGGUA